AUGAAAAAUGGAGAAUCUAUUGCUGAUUUUUUGUCCAAAACAGUGGCAAUUGUCAGCAAAAUACGAUCUUAUGGCGAGAAAGUUACUGACCAGACCAUUAUGGAAAAAAUACUGCGAAGCUCGACUCCAAAAUUUGAUCAUGUAGUUGCUGCGAUAGAAGAGUCUAAGGAUCUUUCAGUAUUUUCCUUUGAUGAAUUGAUGGGAUCUUUUCAAGCUCAUGAGACGAGACCCAAUCUAUCUACUGAAAAUAAUGAAGAGAAGGCUUUCCAGGUGAAGGAUGCAACAUCUAAGUAUGGAGAAAACAAUGGUCCAGCAAGCAAAGGCCGAGGAAGAAGAGGAUUCCGCGGUGGUCGAGGUCAUGGUUAUGGAAGAGGCAGAGGAAGGAAUGAUGGGCAAAAGCAGUCUAAUGAGCAAGGUAACAAGAAAAAUAGCAUUCAAUGUAAUCACUAUCAUCGCUAUGGGCAUAUGAGGGCUGAUUGCUGGUAUAUAGAUCAGAAAAUAAAUUUUGCAGCAGGAGAAAAUAAGGAAAAGAAUUAUCUUUGUGCUUGCAUUGAUACAAACCAUAAGCCAAUUGAUUUAUGGUUUGUAGAUAGUAGUUGUUCAAAUCAUAUGACAGGCGCCAAAUCUUUAUUCAAGGAGCUAGAUGAGAAGCAAAAGAAAAUGGUUCAGCUUUGCAACACAAAAGAGAUGCAGGUUGAAGGAAAAGGCACUAUGGGUGUUGACACUAGCCACGACAAAGUAAAAAUAUUAAAUAAUGUCCAAUUUGUACCUGAUUUAGGAUACAAUUUGUUGAGUGUUGGACAACUAAUGAUUGAUGGGCAUUCUCUUUGGUUUGAUGAUGAUGCUUGUGUCAUUAUAAACAAGAAGUCGGGAAAAAGGUUUGCAUCACCAUGA